AGUGAGACGCUUCUGUGUUGAGCAGCAACGACAGUUUAGGACGGCGGGAGGGGAGGGAGCAGUUUGUUUUGACAAUAAACCGGUAAACAAAAGCUUCCGCUACUUCUUUCUUCAGAAAAGUGGCGUUUUUGCGUCUUUGGUGGACAGGUAUUCGUUGAAUUAAAUGUUGUACGAUUUCCAGCGUUUGCGUAAGGAGCUCCAGCCGGCGAAUCGCAUCAAUUCGCCCGGAGGGUCAUCGUCAGCGGCGACACCCUCUGCUCCGUCAGCCUGAACCGUUUAGAAAAUGACCGGAGAGAAGCUCCGCUCCCUGCGUAAGGACCAGAGGCCGAGCAAGGACGAGGAUCUGCUGGAACCGGACGAGGAAGCUGCCACCGGGACCUUCGCUGUCCCCAAGGCGAAUAACAAGAGCAGGGCGAGUAAAAUAUUCAGCAACCACAAGUUAAUCAAGUCACCGUCCACACAGUCGCAGAAUAAUGGUAACACCAAUAACACUCUGGCAACAUCGGAUGUUAUUGAUGACAACAACAAAAACCCGAUCAUCAAACCGGGGCUGGACUUUCCGGUGCACGAAUGUGUCUUUAAAGGAGAUGUCCGACGGCUGUCUUCGCUCAUCCGGACACAGAAUAUUGCCCAGAAGGACGUCCAUGGAAACACACCAUUGCACCUCGCUGUCAUGAUGGGACACAAAGAGUGUGCCCAUUUGUUACUGGCUCACAAUGCACCCGUGAAGGUGAAGAAUGCUCAGGGAUGGAGCCCCCUUGCAGAGGCCAUUAGCUACGGAGAUCGACAAAUGAUCACAGCAUUGCUGAGGAAGUUGAAGCAGCAGUCCAGGGAGAGCGUAGAAGACAAGAGGCCCAAACUGCUGAAAGCCCUCAAAGAGCUGGGAGACUUUUACCUGGAGCUUCACUGGGACUUCCAGAGUUGGGUGCCUUUGCUGUCCAGAAUCCUCCCAUCAGAUGCGUGUAAGAUUUACAAGCAUGGCAUCAACAUCAGGUUGGAUACAACCCUGAUAGACUUUACUGAUAUGAAAUGCCAGCGGGGAGACCUCAGUUUCAUCUUCAACGGCAAUGCUAUUCCCUCUGAGUCAUUUGUUGUUCUGGACAAUGAACAAAAGGUCUACCAGCGGAUACACCAUGAGGAGUUGGAGAUGGAGACAGAAGAGGAGGUGGACAUUUUGAUGAGCAGUGACGUUUACUCCGCCACACUUUCCACCAAGUCCAUCACUUUCUCCAGGGCGCAGACUGGAUGGCUUUUCAGAGAGGACAAGACGGAGCGCGUGGGAAACUUCUUGGCAGAUUUCUAUUCUGUGAACGGCCUGGUGCUGGAGUCCAGAAAAAGACGAGAGCAUCUGAGUGAGGAGGACAUCUUGAGGAAUAAAGCUAUUAUGGAGAGUCUGAGCAAAGGAGGAAACCUCAUUGAGCAGAACUUUGAGCCGACGAGAAGGCAGUCUUUAACCCCCCCUUUACCCAACACUAUUUCCUGGGAGGAAUACAUCACUGCAGACAACGGAAGAGCACCUCAUUUAGGACGGGAGCUGGUCUGUAAAGAGAGCAAGAAAAACUUCAAAGCCACGAUAGCCAUGAGUCAAGACUUCCCUCUGGGCAUUGAGUCGUUACUGAAUGUCCUGGAGGUGAUUGCACCCUUCAAGCACUUUAAUAAACUCAGGGAGUUUGUUCAGAUGAAGCUCCCUCCUGGCUUUCCUGUCAAACUCGACAUCCCCGUCUUUCCUACUAUUACAGCCACAGUCACGUUUCAGGAGUUUCGCUACGACGAGUUCGAUGAAUCCAUUUUUACCAUUCCCACUGACUACAAAGAAGACCCAAGCCGAUUCCCCGACCUUUAACCUCUCGCCUUGGUUUUUAAUCCUACAAAACACACCUUUUAUGAAUGGAAACCCCUGUCACAUGCUCAGACUCUGAACACAGACUGUACAACAGCGGGAUGAGAAGACACACAGGAACAACUCCGCAGAGGAGUUGACCUCAGUCGAUGUGAACAUAAGCUGAGGUGUUGCUGAUUCUUACUCUAACCUCCAAAUCUGACACGGCACAGCAGGAAGUGUAGGUAGCCGAGAUUUUUCAUCAAAGGGCAUUGAAGUGAAAAAAAUGGCAGCAGAGCAGGGGGCUUUAUUUAUAUGAGGUAAGAGUAGAAUAAAGAACUACCAGGUCAGUUGACGCUU